AACAUCAACUUCACAAAUAUCGUCUUUCUACGCCGUUCUACUCAUCGAUCAUGCCUUUCACUCAAACUGGAUCGUAUGCUGAAGCUAACAUCGACAAUUAUCAAGACAUCGGACGAGAUCAGCUCAACGCAAACAUUACCAUUAACCAGUCUGGCGCCUCAGACGAGGUCAUCCUAGCGAGGUUGAAUCCUGUAGAUUACAAUCGCCACUAUGUCCAACCAUGUAUGGAUGGCACACGACAAGAUAUCUUCGACAGAAUCGACAUCUGGCUUGCGGAUCCGAGCGCAAAGAACAUCCUGUGGAUCAAAGGUAGUCCUGGCGCAGGCAAGUCAGCCAUCGCUUCCAGCCUAAACUCUCAGUUAUCAAACAAAGGUAUUCUGGGUGGAUUUUUCUCUUUUCGACGCGGUGAUGCAUCUCUGAGCAAUCCCGCUGCUCUGUGGCGUACCAUCGCACAUGAGCUCGCUCAAUUUGAUCUCAGGAUUGCUUCCACUAUCAUAGAAACUCUAAAGAGCGGCCGGCUAAACCCGCAAAGGCCGAAUAUCAAAGAUCAUUUUAAUUCUCUCAUUGUAGAGAGUUUGAACGCCAACUACGGCGAGGAUCAGCAACAUCAUACGUAUCCAGUCAUUGUAGUGGAUGCACUUGAUGAGUGCGAUGAUUCGUCUGGGGAGUCUCAACGGGAGGCUUUAUUGGAUACUCUCACACAGUGGUCAAAGUUGUCCAAGGCGUUCAAAUUAAUCAUCACCAGUCGAGACGAUCGCAUCCCUUCGGAUUUUCGUGAAGCCUGCGAAGAUAUCGUUUUACCAACUGGAAACCAAGUGACGUCUACAGCGACUGCAGAUAUUCGUCGUGCAGCGGGCCUUUUUAUCUGGGCAGAAACCGCCAUGCGCUUCUUAGAAAAAGGUGAUCCACUAAAGCGACUAGAGAUAAUACGCUCCGGAGGGCCUUUAGACAUAGAGCAUAGCGUCAAUCAUCUGUAUAAGCAGAUAACCACCAAUGCGUGGGACAGCAUAGGAGAUAUUGAUGAGGUGGUGCAGGCAUUGCUUGGAGCUAUAGUGUUCGCAAAAGUUCCACUGUCACUCAAAUACCUGGAAGAGUAUUUCGCUGCUCGUGGCGAGGUGGAUAGCAUUGCAAUUGCAAUUGAUCGUGUUUUGGGAGAGUUGACUUCUGUUAUCUCGGUGGGCCAAGACGGGAUGGUUCGCAUCGAGCAUUUGUCGUUUAUGGAGUUUCUUUUGGAUUCGGACUGGUGUCCUGAUGCAUUUCGCAUUCACCGCAAUACAGAGAGCGCGAGGAACUUGGAUCUCUUGCGUGGAUGCAUGCAGAUUAUGCAGAACCCAAAGGACGGGUUGAGGUUUAAUAUAUGUGGAAUCGAGACAUCAUAUCUGCGGAACAGCGAUAUAAAGGAUAGGGAAAAGCGUAUCAAGGAUAAUAUUCCUGACCAUCUGAGCUAUUCGUCUCGGUAUUGGGGAGAGCACCUUGCUGACGCCAGAGCAUCAUUGGCUGGUUGCGCCUGGUUGGCAGAAAUGCUGCAGAGAUUUUUCAAACAUAAGUUACUCCACUGGUUGGAAGUCAUGUCGCUGUUGUACAAUGCGCCAAGUGCCCAUGCUGUCCUAAUUGCUGCGUCGCCUUCACUCAAGGUCAUUGAUAGAAAAUUAGAAGAAUUUGCACAAGAUGCACGUCGAUUUAUUGCCAAUUUUGAUGUGCCAAUUUUUGAGAGUUUGCCUCACAUCUACCUGUCUGCUCUGCCAUGGGCACCAGACAACUCACUGGUAUCCAGAGCAUAUCUGCCAUAUUUUCUGUGCACCAUUAGAAUUAUGUCUGGCAAGGAUAAACAGUGGCCGCCUAUACUAAAUAUCUUACGAAGUGACCAAGAUGGUUUCACAUCUGUUGCAUUUUCCUCUGAUGGCACCAAAGUGGCUUCAGGCUCUCUUGAUAAGACAGUGAGGAUCUGGGAUGCCACCUCUGGUCAGCUAGUGGCUAGCCCAUUUGAAGGCCACACAAAGGGUGUCAGAUCUGUUGGAUUUUCUCCUGAUGGCAAAAAAGUGGUUUCAGGCUCUGAGGAUAAGACAGUGAGGAUCUGGGAUGCCACCUCUGGUCAGCUUGUGGCUAGCCCAUUUGAAGGCCACAUCAGUUAUGUCACAUCUGUUGGAUUUUCUCCUGAUGGCACCAAAUUAGUUUUAGGCUUGGGGGAUAAGACAGUGAGGAUCUGGGAUGCCACCUCUGGCUCUGAGGAUAAAACAGUGAGGAUCUGGGAUGCCACCUCUGGUGACCUAGUGGCUGGCCCAUUUGAAGGCCACACAAAGGGUGUCAGAUCUGUUGGAUUUUCUCCUGAUGGCAAAAAAGUGGUUUCAGGCUCAAGGGAUAAGACAGUGAGGAUCUGGGAUGCCACCUCUGGUCAGCUAGUGGCUGACCCAUUGGAAGGCCACACUAGUGAUGUCACAUCUGUUGGAUUUUCUCCUGAUGGCACGAAAGUGGUUUCUGGCUCACUUGAUUGCACUGUGAGAAUCUGGGAUGCCAUCUCUGCUCAGCUAAUGUCUGUCUUUUCCCAAGGACGCAAUCAUUGGGUCACAUCUAUUGCAAUUUCUCCGAAUGCCACAGAAAGGGCUUCAGGUUCUGAGAGUCAUACAAUGGAGACACACACCACAUGGCGUGGUGAGCUUGUCGAGUUGUAUGGUGGCCAUAGCCAGGCAACAAGUGUUUUUCCACCUGCAGUCCCCUUAGAUUGGGAGAGACAUACAGGUCUUCCUAAUUUCUCAGGGUGGAUAUCAUAUGAAAUGGCGAACAUGCAUCCACUUCUGAUGCAUUGGAUACCACCAGACCUAAGGCCUUAUUGGUGCCGCCCAGAGGCUCUUGUGGUUAUUGGUAGGCGUGACAGCGUUCAUGUAUCAUAUGAACACUUUGUGUAUGGUAGCAACUGGACUGCCUGUCAGACGGCCAGCAAGGCUUUAGUUUACAAUGGACGGGGAUACGAUUCUGUAGUGGUCAAAGUACUUGGUUCAUCAUCUGAAACUGGCGUGGUCGUGGAACCAGAAAGUAGUAGUCAAGCAGUGGAUGCGGUGGAAACUUCGGGGCAUACUGCUGAGCCAUAUUCCGAACGGGACUCAAACAACCAUACAAGAUCCAUAGUGACCGAGGACCCAUACGGCCAGAGCAUUCACAAUAAUCCACCCGCUGGUCAGCUCCUGUCGUUACCAAGAGCAUCUGCGCUGUUGGUGCCGCUUAGUACUGUCCUCAUCGAAGAGGCCCACCCACAGGAAUCAGCGUCAACGUCAGCCAGGGAGACUCUUAGUGCAACACCCCCACAGGUUGAAACACCCAGCAAGCCGAGGAAAAAAUCACGCUGGCUAGGUUUAUUGCCGAAGAAAAUACAGAAUAAGCUAGGGAAAUGA